AUGUGGGAGCGCUUCAAGAAAGCCCUGCUCAACUCGCUGUCCACGCACUUCCUCGCCGCCUGCGCCCGCGUACGGGCCUUCUGGCGCAAAAAUGGCCUCUUGACGCUCUCCAUGCUCUCGGUCGUCACCGGGUGCCUCCUGGGAUUCCUGCUGCGCACUCUGGAGCUGACGGAGCUGGAAAGGCAGUAUUUUUCCUUCCCGGGAGAGCUCCUCAUGAGGAUGCUGAAGAUGCUGAUCCUGCCCCUCAUCACCUCAAGCCUCAUGUCCGGGCUGGCCACCAUGGACUCCAAGGCCUGUGGGAAGAUGGGAGUGAUCACAAUUACCUACUAUCUCUGGACAACCUUCUUGGCUGUGACCAUUGGGAUCAUCCUCGUGGUCAGCAUCCACCCUGGUGCGGCGGCCCAGAAGGAGGAGUAUUCCGUGGGGAAAGUGGUGCUUAGCUCUGCYGAUGCUCUCCUGGAUCUAAUCAGGAACAUGUUUCCUUCCAAUCUCAUCGAAGCUUCAUUCCAGCAGUACCGAACUGUCCUUGUGCCGGUGGUGAAGGCUCCAGGGCUUCCAAAGAUCCCCAGGAAAUCCAUCAAUUUUAUUUACUUUGCACCUGACGACGCAAACCCAGAAAUCCAUCGGCCGGUGUUCCUGGAGAUUACRCCGUCUCCCGAAAUGACCUACAGAACCUUGCCUGGGACCAGCAAUGAAAUGAAUGUCUUGGGGAUCGUCAUCUUCUCAGCAACGAUAGGGCUUCUCUUGGGAAAAAUGGGCGAGCGAGGAGCUCCGCUGGUGAACGUGUGCCAGUGCCUCAACGAGGCCGUCAUGAAGAUYGUCUCCAUGGCCGUCUGGUACUUCCCUUUUGGCAUCGUGUUUCUCAUAGCUGGGAAGAUACUGGAUAUGGAAGAUCCCUCUGUUACAGGAAAGAAGCUGGGCCUGUAUGCCAUUACCGUGGUGUCCGGGCUGGCCGUCCACGGACUUGUCCUCUUACCUUUGCUCUUCACACUCAUUACUAAGAAAAACCCCUUUGCUUUCAUUCGGGGGAUAUUGCAAGCCUUGCUGAUUGCCUUAGCUACGUCUUCCAGCUCAGCAACCUUGCCCAUCACUCUGAAGUGUCUUCUGGAGAACAACGGGAUAGACAGACGAGUGGCACGGUUCGUCCUUCCCGUUGGCGCGACCAUAAAUAUGGACGGCACUGCGCUCUACGAAGCGGUCGCUGCUAUUUUUAUUGCUCAGGUUAAUGAAUAUGAUUUGGAUUUGGGACAAAUUAUAACUAUCAGCAUAACAGCAACCGCAGCCAGCAUUGGUGCCGCYGGGAUCCCCCAGUCGGGGCUCGUCACCAUGGUCAUCGUGCUCACCUCUGUUGGGCUGCCAACCGAUGACAUUACGCUCAUCAUCGCCGUAGACUGGGCUCUGGACCGAUUUCGAACCAUGACCAACGUCCUUGGCGAUGCACUGGCCGCUGGUAUCAUAGCACAUGUCUGUGAGAAAGACUUUGCCCCCAAGCCCCCAAAACAAGAUCCAGCCAGCAGCACAGACAAGUUUCCGUCUGUGGAGAUCUCGCUUCUGCAGCCCAAAGAUAACGUGAUUGAAAUGAUUGAAGAAACCUUGGCCGAGCAGACAGGAAUUCACUAUAACAUCUGUCAGGUGUAGGUCGCAGCCACCUCACUCCUGGGAAAGGGAUUUUGGUGCUAAAAUACUGACAUUMUGAAUGUCAUAUAUGGAUGCUCUGUAAGAGGAAAGCCUUACUUAGUGUGUGCGCACACACAAAAAACAAACAACAAGAA